AUGUUUCUUUUUUUGAAAGUUGCCGAGCCGAUCAGCAUUGGAUCGGUACCCGCCGUCCUUUUUAAGCCUGCCUCGCCUGGCCUGGUUUGGAUUAUGUGCACGCACCCACAGACGUCUCCUCACCCGGCUUGCCCGAGAAUAGAUCCGCGCCCGAAGCCUCAGCCAACCCAACCCAACUACCCAGCAAUAGGGUACCCCUCCCCCUCAGUUUCGGGUCUCAAAGAGACCCCAACCGCCAAAAUUCCCUCCCCUCACGAUCUCGCCGCAAUUCUCUCCCCCUCGGCACCACCUGAAGAAGCAACGGGCGGUGCUUCGCGGUCUUCAACCCCCAAGCGCACCCACGCUGAAGCUUUCUCCUCCCGAGACCAGCCCUACCUCCACCCAGCUUCGCCCACCCAAAUCCGAGCCAGUAUUGCUUCGACGGGCGAGCCAAGCCCCGGCACACGGGGGGCGGAGGAUGGGAAUGGUAUGGAAAUGAGAGGAGGGCAGGAGGAGAAAAAGGCGCCCAAAAUGGUUCGAUCUAGUAUUGCUUGCGCAAGGUGCCGGCGCAGCAAGGUCAAAUGCGUCAACACCGGGGUCAACUCGGUAUGCAAAGCCUGCGCUUCGAGCAAUAGGGAUUGUACAUAUCCCCAGGCAGGUUCAAUGCCUACUCCGAAACGAUCUGAUGCCUCCGCUGGUAUUAAACAAGAGGAAGGCGAAAGCAAGAAGCGCAUUAGGAAAAUCGAAGAUUCGGGAAGGAGAGCCAGUCACAGGACUGGCGAGGAUGUACUGGAUUCUGACGUUCUCACCAAGAAGGUGUGGGAUGAAGUUUAUGAUAUUUUCAAGCUACAUUUCUCAACCGAGAUGCCCUUCCUUCACCCGCCAACAUUCAAAAACCGAAUGCGUCAAGCUUGGUCCCCUAAAGACCCCUCCAUUUCGGCUCCAGAUUACCAUCACGGAAGAGUCUUACUUCUGGGUGUUUUGACUCUCACUGCUCGAUUCCAGCCGGAUCUUGUUCGUCGCCAUUCUCCCAAUCCUCACCAGCCCGAUCCGAUUGCCGCCAGUGAGUACUACGCUACGGCACUUGCCGAUGCGUUUGGGCCGACUAGCAGGAACUUGACCAAUCCUUCGCUAGAAGGAAUACAGGCGCUUCUCAUGCUUGGGUUAUAUGAAUGGGGUCAAACCAAGGGACUCAGUGCCUGGGUGUAUGUUGGUAUCGCGACGAGACUGGCUCAGUCGAUGGGAUUUCCUUAUGUGGAUGAUCCUCGUGCUCCUCCGAGAUCUCCGAUCUCAAAUGGUGCACUCACAGGCCAACCGGCUGUGUCCCCACGUCAGGAGCUGACUGAAAAAGAGGUCCGGAGACGCACAUGGUGGAGCUGCUUCAUUAUGGACCGCAUGCUAUCUGCUGGGAAGUGUAGGCCAACAAUGAUAGACGUUGAAAAAUUGCGCGUCCAAUUGCCCUGCUCCAGCGAUCAAUUCCUCUUUGUUAGCACCGCCGAGACAGGGUUCUUGAGCACAAAGUGGUUAAAGGGGGAACGGCCUGGAGGGGUGACGAAUGAUGACAACGUUCUGAGCUGGUACAUUCAACUAGUCGAAAUCUUUGGGAGAUUUUCUGAGUGGAGUUACGCUGGCGGUAGAAGAACCGAAACCCUACCUCCAUGGGACGAGUCCACGGAAUUUUAUAAACUACGUCACGAACUGGAAUCCUUCAACAAAGCUUUACCAUCGAGCCUCGCUUUCUCCGACGCCAACCUCUCUGCGCAUAUCGAGAAACGCAACGCGACCGCGUACACCUCGAUGCAUACAUUGUACCUGCUUUGUCAAAUCAUGUUGCAUCGAGAGUACAUACCGUUCAUCCCACUACGUUCAGAAAAACCAUCAGGACCCUUAGAUGAGCCGAAAUUCUCAUCUGAUGAGUUUGAAAUCCCUGCUGGGUUUUUUGAAGAGAGUGCGGAGAUCAUGUUCAAAGCAGCCAAAGACAUUAUCAGCAUCGUGAAGACAUGCCAGGAAGAAGGAGCCCUUCCAGAAUCUCCUCAGAUUGGAUUCGCGGUCUGGCAAGCUGCCUUCAUAUGCCUAUACGGUGCCUACUUCCCCCAUAUGGAUACUUGCCGCCAUGUGCAGAGCGGACCACCAGGGCAGAUGUCAGAUCCACGACACGGGUACUACACUGAAACCUCUUCCAAGAUGUUGAAAGACAUGGUCCCAAUGCUAAAGAUGGUACAAAGCUACCAAUCUACCCUCAAGGCGAUGCGCAGGUACUUUGCUGGGGCAAAGAAAGAGUACUGGGAGCACACUGAAAACCAUAAGCCUAUCAGUUGGCAUGGGGGUAAUCUACUCGAGUAUGAGAAACAAGAGAAGAGAUUGAAAGAAUUUGGAAGACUUAGCGACGCUGCGGAGGCUGCUGAUCAACCACGAUCCCGAGCAGGUACCAAUGACUCUGCACAGCCUCCAAGUGCCAACGGGGAACCAAUGCAGGGUGUUGAAGUAGCUCCGACAUCGCGAUCAAAUGGUACUGGUGCCUGGGCGGCCAUCAAUAAUAGCCCUCCACCCCAUGAGGCAGGUGAUCGUUCAAAGUUCAGUUCUGGCGGUCCACACCCGUACGGCGCUCCUUCUGGAUACAUGCAGACUACUGGCCCUCAGUACCAGCAGUCUCUUAAUCAAUCCAGCAUACCCAGCCUCGCCAGUCCAAGCAACGGCGAUUCUUCCGCCCUAAACUCCCCACCCGCCGUUGCCCAAGCACAGCAGUACAAUAUUGUAAGCCAAGGUUAUUCACCAGGUGUACUACAAACCCAAGUAGGAAUGGCUCCGCCGGCACACUCUGGUAUGGCUAUGUCUUCUACUUGGCCCACCAAGAUAAAGGGCUACGAAUCAAUCGGCAUCAGUGGCAUGGAUAACUUUGGCCAAGUGUAUAACCAGACGGGAGGAAAUUCUUUGGAGUUUGAGACAGAAGCACCAGGCUAUAUCCAAGCCGUCAAUGGGACCUCUGAGUGGGAUCCAUAUACCCAGAGUCAGUAUGCAGCUUAUGCUGCCUAA